CUAGCUGUUUGCACGCCAGCCAAACUAGGAGCCCCUUGGGAAGAAACGACAGCGGACUAUAUAUAUAAAGCAGCACACAUAGAAAUGUCUUCGAGAGGCGGAUUCAGCAGGGGCGGAGGACGUGGUGGGUUCGGCGGAGGCCGCGGCGGUUUUGGAGGCCGCGGUGGAGGACGUGGCGGGUUCGGCGGACACGCCUCGUAUGGACCGCCCGACGCAGUGUUCGAGAUGGGCAGCUACAUGCAUGCGUGCGAGGGCGAGAUGGUGUGCAAGUCCACGAACACCAAGGUUCCGUACUUUAACGCGCCGAUCUACCUUGAGAACAAGACGCAGAUUGGCAAGGUGGACGAGAUUCUGGGGCCGAUCAACGAGGUGUAUUUCACGGUCAAGCUGCAGGAGGGCGUGGUUGCCGAUUCGUUCAAGAAGGACGACAAGGUGUUUAUUGCUGGUGACAAGCUUCUGCCGCUUGACCGGUUCCUGCCCAAGCCGAAGCCGGUUGGCGGUAAGGUUAAGAAGAAGGCGGCCGGCGGACGCGGCGGUGCCCAGGGUGGACGCGGCGGACGCGGCGGUGCUCGUGGUGGGUUUAGCGGCCGUGGCGGAGGCCGUGGCGGCUUCAGCCGGGGCGGAGGUCGUGGUGGAUUUGGUGGAGGCCGCGGUGGAUUUGGUGGAGGCCGUGGCGGAUUUGGCGGCCGUGGUGGAUUCGGCGGCCGUGGCCGUGGACGUGGUGGCUACUAAGGUUGCCUUAUAUGCUUCCUUUCAUUUCCUUUUCACUCUCUUGGGCAGCUUGCCAACCAAAAAAAACAUGAAGUUAUCCGACAUGUCAGCAGCAACGUCGUAAAGAUUGGGAGUGGUCAUUUGAAGGAAAUGUUUUGUAUAUC